AUGCGCCUUCCAGCUAUAGGAAUAUGGGCCGUUAUACCGCAGCCGGUUGGUAACUUCAGAAUGGAUGCCAGCGGUAAUACUAUGCAGCAGAAGGUUCCAGCUCAUAGAUCGGCUGUGUAUAUCUCCGAAGUUAUUGACGGCAUUUGUAAGAAAAUGGAUGAUUAUGUCCGUGUGUAUUACAAGGCGACAGGUAAACUGGCAAUCAUGCAAUUGAUGACGGAAAAUGGUAUGAACCCAGAUUUCAGCAAGGCCAAGUUUGUUACUGAUGAUGAUCUGAACAAGAGUUUGGAAUAUUAUUGUGAGCGGAUGUUCGAAGACAAUGAGGAGGAAAUCACCGAUUUGUAUAAGAAUCGGCCGGAGGAUGACGUCAUGCCUGACGCGGAGAGAGAGAUAUGUUUCGAUCACGCUAAAUAUUGUGAGGAGUGGAUGUUGCCAACGGAGGAAGAUACAACGUGGACACCAGAAAUGGAAGCCGAGUAUGUCAAGGUCCACGGUCCAGAUCCUUACGGUUUCGGAGGCCCGGCAGGUCUGCCACAGCAGACAUUCGCCGGUGACGUGACAGACGAAGGUUAUGAUGACUCUGAAGAAGAUUCAGAAAAAGAACCUUCAGAGGCCAAAGACGAACUAUAA